GUUCGGCCGGUGUCGCAGUUGCGUGUUCCUGACCAAGAUAGAUAGGCUGAUCAAAAAACAAACUAUUUUCUCUUUUAAAGAAUAUUCAAUGCUUCCGUCUCGAAAUUUAAUCAUUUCAGCCUUCCAGGGAACGUUUUUUUUCUUCCGCUAAACUUUAAGUGAUAAAGUUUCUGUCAGGAAUGGAGAAACCACCUUUUAAACAGGUUCAGACAUGUGGGCCCUGGGAUCUAAAGGAGCGUCUUGGAACAGGAGGUUUUGGACAUGUCUACAUGUAUGAACAUAAGAACACUGGAGAAAGGAUUGCAGUUAAAGCCUGUCGUUUGGAGUUGAGCACAAGAAACAAAGAGAGAUGGUGCCAUGAGAUUCAGAUUAUGAAAAAGUUAAACAACCCAAAUGUUGUAACAGCAUGUGAAGUUCCAGAAGAAAUGCAGGAUAUUGCAUUUAAUGAUGUCCCUCUUCUUGUGAUGGAAUACUGUACAGGAGGUGACUUGCGUAAGAUAUUAAACAAGCCUGAAAAUUGCUGUGGACUUAAAGAAAGCCAAGUGCUUAGUUUAUUACAGGAUGUUGGUUCUGGCAUCCAGUAUUUACACGAUAACAGAAUUAUCCACAGAGAUCUCAAACCGGAGAACAUUGUACUGCAAGAAGCCAGUGGGAAGUUGGUACAUAAAAUAAUUGACUUGGGCUAUGCAAAGGACCUGGACCAAGGAAGUCUUUGCACAUCUUUUGUAGGGACAUUGCAAUACCUGGCUCCAGAGUUAUUUGAAUCACAGCCAUAUACAGUCACUGUAGACUACUGGAGCUUUGGAACAUUAAUUUUUGAGUGCAUCUCAGGAUUUCGACCAUUUUUGCACAAUAUGCAGCCUUUCCAAUGGCAUGGCAAAGUUAAAAUCAAAGGCCAACAAGAUAUUAUGGCUGUUGAAGAGAUGAAUGGUGAAGUCAAGUACUCCUCAAACUUACCACAGCCCAAUGGCCUUAGCAACCUAAUGGUAAAACCACUGGAGACAUGGCUACAAAUGAUGCUGAGAUGGGAUCCAAAACAGCGAGGUGGCAAUAUAGACCCAAACACACAUCGACCAGCAUGCUUUUUACUUCUGGAACACAUUUUAAGUCAGAAGUAUGUACACAUAUUAAAUAUGACCUCUGCCCGCAUCCACUCCUUUCUGAUCAAACCUGAUGAAAGCCUCCAUUCUCUUCAAAUGCGUAUUGAUACUGAAACAGCAAUUGCUGCUGCAAAUCAGGAGUUGCUUCUAGAAACCGGAAUUUCCUUAGAUCCUCGUAAACCUGCCAAUCAGUGUGUACUGGAUGUGAGAGGCUGGGAUAGCUACAUGGUGUACCUAUUUGAUAAAAGUAGCACUAUCUAUGAAGGACCCUUUGUUGCCAGAAAAUUACCAGAACAUGUGAAUUACGUUGUGCGGGAUGCUAAGAUAAUGUUGCCUAACAUACAACUGAGGAAGGUAUGGGGUGAAGCUGUGAAUUAUGUCUGUGGAUUGAAGGAGGACUACAGCAGACUUUUCCAGGGACAAAGAGCUGCAAUGCUGAGUCUCCUUCGUUACAACAAUAACCUUACAAAAAUGAAGACAACAAUGUUUUCUAACUCCCAGCAGUUAAAGGCCAAGUUGGACUUUUUUCAGUCAAGCAUUGGGCUUGAUCUGGUAAAAUACAGUGAACAAAUGGCAUAUGGAAUAUCCUCUGAGAAGAUGUUGAAAGCAUGGAAGGAAAUGGAGGAGAAGGCAGAAGCUUGUAAACAGGCUGCUGAAAUUGGUCAUUUGGAAGAACAAAUUGUGGGACUGCACAGUGAAAUAGUGGAACUGCAGAGGAGCCCAUAUGCAAGACGUCAGGGAGAUGUUAUGGAAAACCUAGAACAGAAAGCCGUUGAUUUAUACAGGAAGCUCAAGGGAAAACCUAAAGAUUCACAUCAAUAUGGAGACAGUACAGAAAUGGUAAAGAUCAUUGUUCAAACAGUUCAGAAUCAAGAUCGGGUGCUGAAGGAGUUAUAUGCCCACCUCAGUAAACUUCUGGCUUGCAAACAGAAGAUCAUUGAUCUUUUUCCAAAGAUUGAACAAGCACUUGAUAACAUUAGAGAAAAUGAAAAAAUGUUAUUGAGAUCACAAGAAAAGAGGCAGAAAGAAAUUUGGUAUUUGUUAAAAAUUGCUUGUAGCACAGCUCGAGGCCCUGAUAGUGCGAGUCCAAUGUCUUCUGGUUCACCCCAUGGUUUAGGGUGGGCACAGCAAGGGCAGAAUUUUAUGCCACAAAAUGCCAUGCCUAACCCUUUGUCCUCUAUAUCUGUGGUGAAAAACAGUGAAUCUUCAAUGUCUGUAAUCGAAGAGAACCAAAAUUUCUGCAGCCAGUUGCAUAGUUUGAUGCGGGAAACUCUAUUGGAACAGAAUAAUAGCAUAUCGUCUCUUGAUUGGAGCUGGCUUGAAGAAAUGUUAUCAGACAGACUCUGAAAUACAUGUUUUGGCAUGACAGUUGAUUUCUUGAGUGCUGAACGCCAGAAGACUUUGAGUCAGUGAUGAUUUGCUGUUGUGAACACUAUAAAGAAAAACAUAUUUCUGGACCUGGCAACUGAAUCCUGCUAUGCCUCAGACCUACGUCUCUUGGACUUCAGUCACACUGUUUCAGUUCAGUGCAGGACAAUGCAAGAAAGUACCGCACCUGUAUAUUAUACUGCUUAUAGCUUUGUCACUAUCCAUUUUUAUACCCCAGUUACGAUAAUAAUUCAGGUAAAAUUGUAUUAUAUGUUUAAUGAAAACAGAAAUUGCUGAAAAUAUACAAUUCUGUCAGUAGUUGGAAAGAAAAAGGUGGAUUUACAUUUUGAGUGGAGGUUGUUCAUUGAAAUUGGAGGAUCUACACCUCAAAUGUCAUACUUUUUUAUCAGCUGCUAGACCUGGUAUAGACCUGCUGUAUACCACAACAUUUGCCAUUUCUUCUUUUUUAUUUUGCUUGUUAAAUUACAUUGGUAUUUUCUAAAAGGGGAGGAAAUCUCAAAAUGUAAUGCUUUUCCAAAUUCUCCUCUAUAUUAUAUAUGAAAUGGAAAAUAAUCCCAGAAGAAUUUUAUUGGGCACUUCAAUUAUUUAAAAAAAUAUAUAACAUAUAAAUAAAUCUACUUGGUCCCAUGUAGCUACAACCAAAUGAAAUCCAUCUCCCUGCUAUAUUACUUGGGUAAUGCCACUGAUGGAUGAGUAUCCUCCUGCAUCUCGGAGCAGUCUUAUAGGCCAUGACUUUAAAGUGGCCAAAGAUCCAUAGAGCCCUAGGGGGAUACUUAAUUGAUUAACUACAAAGUUACCAUGGUUUUGUGGUGUCUCACAAUUCUUAGCUUGGUCUGAAGUUGUGGCACCUGCACAAUGGCAUUUCCCACUGGUGAUUUACACAGAAUAACCUACCAAGGAGGAAAAACCGAUUGAAGACUUCGCAUACAGCUUUCAAAUUGAAUUUUAUAUAAACAUCAAAUGAAAUUCUUCUGGCUGUCAUUUUAGUCUAUAAAAAGACGGCAUGCAGAUUUUCCUACCACUCCAGUUUCAAUUUCUGCAGAGCAACCACAAGCGCUCUUCACUGCUUAGAAGCUGCAUUCAUUUAAAAGAACUACAUUUUAUAAAUAUCCUCUGCAAUGUUUGUGAAAUGGGUGUGUAGUUGUUGGAAGAGCCUUAAUUUUCUGAAAACUUCCAUGAUGUUUGUAGAAGUCAGUUUUAAAACCUGUUGUCUCUCUAAAAUUGCGUUGCCUACCAUUCAGAAUAGGAUUUUAAGCAGCCCUAAUGUUCAUUAACACAAUUUGUAUAUUAUAAGAAUAUCUGAUAUUCUGGCUAAAGUAUCAUGAUUUAAAAAUUAAUGAAAAUAAGAUUCCUACUUGUGGAAUGUAUUAAGACUAAGCAUGCCAAUGACAAUGACCUUUGUUAAAUUGUAUUUAUAACAUCUGGAACGUGGCUUUGUCUGUGGUGGAUUUGAAAUUUGUUUCUGAUCCAAGUUAGUUGUCCUAUCCCAAUAGUCACUUUAGUUUUUAAUUUUCAGAGGAUUGGGUGCUAUGAUUUUAAUUGUGUUCAGCUCUCUGUAGAUUGGGGGGAAAAAACAAUCAUUUCAAAGUUCACCCAAUAUUUUGUUGCUUUCACUAUUUUAAACUAAAAAGGUGUGGAAAAUACUCAGAUAAUACUUAGUUUGAAGGGCACUGUGGAAAAGGAAACUAAGAAACCAAACGACAUAAGGGCAAAUCUUGAACCAAGAUUGCAAUGAAGGCUUAAGUAAAAAAUGAGUUAUAUGCAGAAGCAGGAAAGGUCUGCACUCUACAAAUCACCUCUUCUACUUUUUCAGGUUUAGGAAUAUAUUUGAAAAAUGUUUUGUUCCUUUGUGGUUAAGUGGAGAAUAUGUUCUCCACUGAUGUGUUUUUGGAAAAUUUGAGGUUUACUCUGUCCAUUUUGAGUGCUAUAGUUCACCAAUUGUGGUUCAACAAAAGCUAUUCUAAAUACAACCGUUUUAACUC